AGGGAGGGCCUAAGCGAGCGCCGGGACCUCGAGGCGGCCUCCGUGUGUUGACAACAUGGCCGCGGCCCGGCGGACUCAAGCGCUGCGCCUCUACCGGGCCCUGCUGAGGGAAAGCCAGGCCUUCGCCUCCUACGGGUACAGGACCUAUGCCAUCAGAAGAAUAAAAGAUGCUUUCAGAGAAAACAAAAACAUCAGUGAUUCAACAGAAAUUGAAACACUACUAAACAAAGCAAAAACUAAUCUGGAAAUCAUACGCCGACAGAGAAUAGAGAAGAAGAAAUGGUUUAUUGUUGUGGAAACAAGCCUAGGUGAGCCUCAAGUUUGGGGACUGCUGUUGGAUCACACACCUUCAUUUCCAUUUUCAGUUAACAUGUUCAGCAUUGUAUCUGAACUCAGACAACUCUGGUAUUCAUUGGCCAACUCUAUUCAGCAGAGAAGCUUGUAAUUGAACACGAACAAAAAGUCUGAUACAAGAUGAAGGCCUCUUCUGGGAGCCCUAGUGGACCAGCUUCAGUAUUGUAUAACACACGCACAGAUUUUUACUUGAACACAUUGUUUGAGUUAUCUUAUUUCUCUUCUUAUAGAAUAUACGUAAGACUUAACACUGUGUUCUGUCUUAACAGUGUACACUGCAUAAAAUAUUAAAAGCAUGCUUUCUAUGUAUUGGUAAGAUGAAUACAUUUUGUUGUGGCUGAAUGUCACUGUCAGCUGAUAUUAUCAAACAACUAGUUUUCUUGACAGUAAAAUUCCAUAAGCUAAUGCGUUUGCUUGCUUCCUGGAUGAACAACAGUUAAAUAAACAGUUGUUGCAAAUAGA